GGGGCGCGCACAGAGGAGAAGGAGAGAGGGGAGAGAGAUAGAGAAAAGAGGAGGGGGGUGCGUUCUGAAAUAAUAUAGUCAGCCAUUUUUUAUGUAAGGGGAUUUUUCUUAUUGGGGGGGUUGUUAAAAAAUAAAUAUAAGAGGGCGGCCAUCUUUGUUGCUCUGCCUAGUGUAAAAUAUUUCAAAACGCCCCCCACUUUUUUUUCCCUGUGCCGAUUUGAAUAUUAAAUAAAUAUCACACAUUCGGGGGCAAGAAUACGCUUUUUUGAAUACAAGGACGGAUCCAAUGACCGGGAUAUAAUGUCCUCUCCUCUCCGGUCCUGUGAGGAAGAAGAGGGCAUGGUGGUUAAUUCCGAGGGAGGAGAUUUUGAUGAAGAAGACGACGACGGAGACCUAGACGAGAACGCAAGCGACAUAAACUCGCCGGCGGCGCCUCGGGAAACUGCAACACCAGCCGCGCCAGAAGAAGAGCCAGAGAUAUCAGAAAGAGAUGUCCCGUGCAAGAAGAAAGGGCGACCGAAGAAAAAGGACACAAAGAAGAAAGACAAAGAGGGGAAACCGGCCAAAGCAAAAAAACGCAAGAAGAUUGGCAGCGAUGUAGAGAGAGAAUCGGACAGAGAAAGAGACUACGGCGAGAACUCGGACAGCGUAGCCAGCGACUAUGGAUCUGGAGAGAAAAAGAAGAAGAAGAAACAUAAAGAAAGGAAGGAGAAAAAAACCAAGAAGAAGAAAAAAGUCGAUGGAGACAGCAGCCAGGAGGAAACAAUCAAGCAGCCAAUAGAGCAGAAGACGUCGGCGCAGCUGGCGAAGGAGUGGGGUCUGGAGGAUGUUGAUCAUACCUUCACAGAGGAAGACUACGGGGAACUCACCAACUACAAAGCCUUCAGCCAGUUCAUGAGGCCGAUGAUCGCCAAGAAGAACCCUAAGAUCCCCAUGUCAAAGAUGAUGACCAUCCUGGGGGCCAAGUGGAGGGAGUUCAGCUCCAACAACCCCUUCAAGGGCAACGCCGCUGCUGUCGCGGCGACCGCUGCAGCUGCCGCGAUCGCCGUCGCCGAGCAGGUCUCUGCAGCGAACGCCUCGCCCGAGCCUCCGCCGCCUCCUCCGCCGCCUCCACCAAUCAGAAAGGCCAAGACGAAAGAGGGCAAAGGUCCUGGCUUCAAAAAGCGCAGUAAAAGUCCUCGAGUCCCCGACAAGAAGAAGGCUGCAGCGAAGGCUAAAAAGAUGGCACCCAUUCGUAUCAAACUAUCGCCUGUAGGUGCCAAGAGGAAGAAGAGUUGCUCAAGCGAGGACAUGGACGAGGACGAGUCGGAGCAGGAGGACUCCAGCGUUCACAGCUCCUCCGUCCGCUCCGACAGCUCCGGACGCGUCAAGAAGAACAAGCGAGGGCGGCCCGUCAAAAAGAAGAAGAAAAAUACAAUCCCAGGUGAAGAGGAGGGGGACGGCUACGAGACGGAUCAUCAGGACUACUGCGAGGUGUGUCAGCAGGGCGGGGAGAUCAUCCUGUGCGACACUUGUCCUCGGGCUUACCACCUCGUCUGCCUUGAGCCUGAGCUGGACAAGGCCCCCGAGGGCAAGUGGAGCUGCCCGCACUGCGAAAAGGAGGGAAUCCAGUGGGAAGCGAAGGACGAGGAGUUUGAGGAUUUCGAGGAGGACAGCGAGGACAGGGUGAUAUCAGAGGUCAGCGCCGGGGUCCCCGUCGGGGCAGAGGACGAGGAUGACGACCACAUGGAGUUCUGUCGGGUGUGCAAAGACGGCGGUGAACUGCUGUGCUGCGACACCUGCACCUCUUCCUACCACAUCCACUGUCUCAACCCGCCGCUGCCAGAGAUCCCCAACGGAGAGUGGCUGUGUCCGCGAUGCACGUGUCUGCCAAUCAAAGGGCGAGUCCAGAAGAUCCUCCACUGGCGAUGGGGCGAUCCUCCGCCUCCUAUCCCGGUUCCCCCCGCUCCCGACGCCGCACCCGACGCCCCCCCGCCGCCACCCAUGAAGGGCCGAGCCGAGAGGGAGUUCUUUGUCAAGUUGACGGGUCAGUCCUACUGGCACUGUACCUGGAUCACUGAGCUGCAGCUUGAGAUCUUCCACUCUGUGAUGUACAGAAACUACCAGAGGAAGACGGACAUGGACGAGCCUCCCAGCCUGGAUUACGGGUCGGGUGGAGAGGACGAGAACGGAGUGGGAAAGAGCGAGAAGAGGAGGGCCAAGGACCCCCAGUACGCCAUACUGGAAGACAAGUACUACAAAUACGGCAUCAAGCCGGAGUGGAUGAUGAUCCACCGCAUCAUCAACUACAGCGUGGACAAGAAGGGGACGUACCAUUACCUGGUCAAAUGGAGAGACCUGACCUAUGACCAGUGUACCUGGGAGAGAGAUGACCUGGACAUCCCUGACUUUGCAAUUUACAAGGGCAACUACUGGAGACACAGAGAUGCGAUAAUGAAGGAGGACCCAGACAAACCCAGGAGGAUGAGGAGCAAGAACCAGGAGGGUGAAGAGGAGUCUCCUGUCUCUCCGGUCACUGAUCCGACGAUAAAAUACGAGGAUCAGCCCGACUUUGUCACGACGACGGGUGGGACGUUGCACCUGUACCAGCUGGAGGGUCUCAACUGGCUCCGGUUUUCCUGGUCUCAGGGCACAGACACCAUCCUGGCAGACGAGAUGGGCCUCGGCAAGACCAUCCAGACCAUCGCCUUCCUCUACUCGCUCUUCAAAGAGGGCCACACUAAAGGCCCGUUCCUGGUCAGCGCUCCGCUCUCCACCAUCAUCAACUGGGAGAGGGAGUUCGAGAUGUGGGCGCCCGACUUCUACGUGGUGACGUACUCGGGGGACAAGGACAGCCGAGCCACCAUCAGAGAGAACGAGUUCUCCUUCGACGAAACGGCCAUCAAAGGAGGGAAGAAGCCCUUCAAACUGAGGAGAGAGGCUUCCAUCAAGUUCCACGUGCUGCUGACCUCCUACGAGUUGGUGACCAUCGACCAGACGGCGCUCAAGUCCAUCGACUGGGCCUGUCUGGUGGUGGACGAGGCUCACCGCCUCAAGAACAACCAGUCCAAGUUUUUCAGGCGUCUGAACGACUAUAAGAUCGACCACAAGCUGCUGCUGACUGGAACUCCUCUACAGAACAACCUGGAGGAGCUGUUCCACCUGCUCAACUUCCUCACGCCCAACCGCUUCAAUAACCUUGAAGGCUUCCUGGAGGAGUUCGCCGACAUCUCCAAGGAGGACCAGAUCAAGAAGCUCCACGACCUGCUGGGGCCUCACAUGCUGCGGAGGCUGAAGGCCGACGUCUUCAAGAACAUGCCCUCCAAGACCGAGCUGAUUGUCCGAGUGGAGCUGAGCCCCAUGCAGAAGAAAUACUACAAGCUGAUUCUGACCAAGAACUUUGAGGCGCUGAACUCGAAAGGUGGAGGAAACCAGGUGUCCCUGCUCAACAUCAUGAUGGACCUGAAGAAGUGCUGCAACCACCCCUACCUCUUCCCCGUCGCCUCCAUUGAAGCCCAAAAAACCCCAAACGGUGCUUACGAGGGGUCGGCCCUCAUUAAGGCCUCUGGGAAACUGACACUGAUGCAGAAGAUGCUGAGGAAACUGAAAGAGCAGGGGCACCGAGUACUGGUCUUCUCACAGAUGACUAAAAUGAUGGAUUUACUAGAAGAUUUCCUGGACCAUGAAGGUUACAAGUAUGAAAGAAUCGAUGGAAGCGUCACAGGGGCGCUGAGGCAAGAGGCCAUUGAUCGCUUCAAUGCUCCUGGUGCUUGCCAGUUUUGUUUCCUGCUCUCCACCAGAGCGGGAGGUUUGGGCAUCAACUUGGCCACAGCAGACACCGUCGUCAUCUUCGACUCGGACUGGAACCCUCACAAUGACAUACAGGCGUUCAGUCGAGCCCACCGAAUCGGGCAGGCCAACAAGGUGAUGAUCUACCGCUUUGUGACGCGAGCCAGUGUGGAGGAGCGCAUCACCCAGGUGGCCAAGAGGAAGAUGAUGCUGACCCACCUGGUGGUCCGGCCAGGCCUGGGAUCCAAAGCCGGCUCCAUGAGCAAACAGGAACUGGACGACAUCCUCAAGUUUGGGACAGAAGAGCUCUUCAAAGAUGAACUAGAACGCAUGAAGAACAGUUCGGGGGAUAAAGUUGAGGACGAGGGCAGCGUGAUCCACUACGACAACGUCGCCAUCGAUAGGCUGCUGGACCGGAGCCAAGACGCCACAGACGACCCGGACGUGCAGAACAUGAACGAGUACCUCAGCUCCUUUAAAGUGGCCCAGUACAUGGUCCGAGAGGAGGAUAAGGUCGAGGAGAUCGAGCGGGAGAUCAUCAAGCAGGAGGAGAACGUGGAUCCGGAUUAUUGGGAGAAGCUGUUGCGGCACCACUACGAGCAGCAACAAGAGGACCUGACAAGCAAACUGGGCAAAGGCAAGAGGAACCGCAAGCCGGUCAACUACAACGACGCCGCGCAGGAAGACCAAGAGUGGCAUGCUGACAUUUCAGAUAACCAGUCCGAGUAUUCGGUGGGCUCCGAGGAGGAGGACGAGGACUUCGACGAUCGGCCAGAAGGUCGAAGGCAUUCUCGUCGCCAGUUGAGGAACGAGAAGGACAAACCUCUGCCUCCCCUUCUGGCCAGAGUGGGAGGCAACCUUGAGGUGCUGGGCUUCAACACCCGCCAGCGAAAGGCUUUCCUGAACGCAGUGAUGCGCUGGGGGAUGCCGACCCAGGACGCAUUCUCCUCUCAGUGGCUGGUCAGAGACCUCAGGGGCAAGACCGAGAAAGAGUUCAAAGCCUACGUGUCUCUCUUUAUGCGUCACUUAUGCGAGCCGGUGGCUGACGGAGCGGAGACGUUCGCGGACGGCGUGCCGAGGGAGGGCCUGUGUCGCCAGCCCGUCCUCACGCGCAUCGGCGUCAUGUCCCUCGUCAAGAAGAAGAUCCAGGAGUUUGAGCACAUCAACGGGCGGUGGAGUCUUCCAGAGCUCAAGCCUGAGCUCAUCAUAGACAAGUGCUCCUCCAGGGCCUCCUCUCCUGCCGUGAAGACCACCACGCCCACCUCUGAGGCCAGCUAUAACAACACACCUUGCACCUCCAAGCCAGCGACCCCUGCUCCAUCAGACAAGCUGGAAAAGAACGGAAAGGAGGGAGAGAAGGAGGAGGACAAAGAGGAAAGCGAGGCCCAGGCUGACAAAGAGAGAGCGAAGGAGGAGAAGGAUGCGGGGAAAGAGGUGGACAGCAACAGGACUGCAGACCCUGAAGAGCUUUCCUCUUCGACAAAAGACACAGCAGAAAAUGUGUCCCCGAGUCAAAGAAACCAAGGCACAGAGGACAGCGACCUGAAAGAGGAGGAGAAGAAAGAAACAAGUGACUCACCGGCCGCCACGACCGAGGAGAAAAGAGUACAGGAGGAGAGUAAAGAGGAGACGAAACAGGAGGUCAAAGAAGAGAAAUCAGGAGAAAAGGCGGGGGAGGGAGAGGAGAAAGACAAAGAAAAGCGGGAAGAGACACCUCCAGCAACUGAAGCGACAGAUGCCAAUUAUAAGACCGAGGUGUCUGACGUGAAGAAAGAGGGGGUCAAAGGUGAAAAGGAUGCUGGGAAAGAAGUCAGAGCGGCCAAAGAGGAUGCGCCCAAGGGUUACGUGAGGCCUCCCAUUGAGCGACCUCGCUUUAUGUUCAACAUCGCAGACGGCGGCUUCACCGAGCUGCACACUCUCUGGCAGAACGAGGAGCGGGCUGCCAUCUCUUCGGGGAAGAUGAACGAGAUCUGGCACCGCCGACACGACUUCUGGCUCCUGGCGGGAAUCGUGAUUCACGGCUACGCCCGGUGGCAGGACAUCCAGAACGACCCCCAGUUCGCCAUCGUCAACGAGCCUUUCAAAUCGCAGGCGAAUAAAGGCAACUUCCUGGAGAUGAAGAACAAGUUCCUGGCUCGACGCUUCAAGCUGCUGGAGCAGGCGCUGGUGAUCGAGGAGCAGUUGCGACGGGCUGCCUACCUGAACAUGACGCAGGACCCCAGCCACCCGGCCAUGGCGCUCAACGCGCGCUUCACGGAGGUGGAGUGCCUCGCGGAGUCCCACCAGCACCUCAGCAAGGAGUCGCUGGCGGGCAACAAGCCAGCCAACGCUGUGCUGCACAAAGUGUUGAACCAGCUGGAGGAGCUGCUGAGUGACAUGAAGGCCGACGUGACCCGGCUACCGGCCACGCUGGCCCGAGUCCCGCCCAUCGCCGCCCGCCUGCAAAUGUCCGAGAGGAGCAUCCUCAGCCGCCUGGCCAGCAAGGGCACGGAGACGCACACCCCCCCGCCCAUACCUCCAGGACCCUACGCCAUCCCUCACAACUACGGACCCCCCUUCACCCCCGCACCCCCGAGUGCCCUACUCAUGGGAGGCGCCAACUACAGCCACAUGACGCCCGGAUCCUUCAUAUCAGAAGCCGCCGCCGCUGCUGGGGCCACCGGGGGAGCUGCUUGGGGAGCCGCCGGAGGGCCAAACGCUGCUUGCCAGAAGACCAAGGAGCACGAUGUGGUGCAGCGGCAGCGGGUGGUGGACCUCUGGAAGGACGGCAAGUCCGAGGGGGCCAUCGGGCAGGAGCUGAGGAUGCCCAAGUCCACGGUGCACAGCAUCAUAGUCAAGUACCGCCUCAGCAACACGGUGGAGAACCUGCCGCGCAACGGCCGACCAAAGAAACCAUGAGGGGAGGAUGAGGGGACGUUUGGAUGAAACAUCCAGGAAUGUAACAAAAAAUGGAGACAGUGAAAGCUGAAAAGGAGAGACGAAUGCCUGUGGAUGAAGUCCAAAAAAAGGGCCCAAGGACAGAGCACUUUGACACUGCUGGAAUGUGAGGAACAGAAAGGGAGAAGUAAAGCUCACUGGAUGGAUCGAAUAAAGAUGGGAGGCAAAAAGGAGAGGACAUGAAAAGUGAAAAGUCGUGGCGGCACUUGAAAGAAAACAAGCAAUCAACUGCAGAGAGAGAGAGGGGGGAGAGAGCUGGCUCUGAGAUUAAGCACUAAUGAUGCGUGGGGGUGGGGGGGGAGGGACAGAAACAAAGAGAGAUGACCUGUCUGGAACAAACAAAUCCUUGCGUAAAGAGAAAUGGCGCUACUGAAAAAAAAAAAAGGCCCAAAAAGCUGACUUUGAGAGGAAAGAUGUCUGGACUGAAGGGUGGAGAGAGAGAAAAAGAAGACGGUAUGUUAAUGCAAUCACAGGUUUUUCAGGAAUUCAGAUAUGAAGGCCGAAAUGAAGAAGAAUGCAGAACAAAGAAGGACUUUUUUUUUAAUCUUUCUAAAACUCCUCAGACUGAUUUCUCGAGACUUUCUCUUUCUGUUUCUCCCUCUGCGGCGAAAAAAGAAGAUUUCCCCCCGGAUCAAUUCUUCAUCCGCUGGCUGAGUGAACAAGCCCAUCCCCUCGCUCUGACCCUGUACUCCCUCAUUCCUCCACAGGCCUCAAUCCCUCCGUCUCUCUUUCUCAGUCUCACGCAUACGCACACAUAAAUAUAUAUAUAAAUAUAUAAAUAUAUAUAUAUAUAUAUACAGCUAUAUACACUGUGGACCUCACACACAACCUGAAAACCUGCAAAGAACUUCAUUCAUCUGCCUAGUGCAGGCACAUGAAAUCCUAACUCUGAAGAGAAAAGGGAUGAACUGAGAUUAUUUUAGAUUAGAUACAUUAUCUAUCAGGAAAAAAAAAGGAAAUAAGGGAAAAAGAGAGUUUUCUAAGUCCUGAGUCCAACUAAGCAUAGGAACAAGAACCGUCGAUAUAAAAAACGUAGACGUUGCCUUUGUCCAACGGUCAGUAGCAACGUUGCUCUGGCCCAAUUGAGAAAUGUACUGUAUUAAAAAGCAUAUUUACUAUUGCACCUUUUUUUGUGGGGG